AUGGACACCAAAAGCUUCCUAAAAAUUAUAGCUCUUUUGGGCUUCCUCUCACUACCUCACCAAGCUUUCGUCUCAAGCCGCCGCCUCUCCCUUCACCCGGCCGACGACGAUGAUGAUGAGGCACCGGACGGAAUUUGCUCUGCUGCCGUCACCGUACAUGGCUACAAGUGCCGAGAAUAUCACGUAACAACUAAUGAUGGAUACAUACUAAGCGUUCAAAAUAUUCCUCAGGGCCGGGCCGGGCCGGCAAGCCCGACUCGCACUCCGGUUCUGCUGCAACAUGGGAUUCUUGUGGAUGGGAUGACGUGGGUUCUAAAUUCACCAGAACAAUCUCUAGCGAUGAUAUUGGCUGAUAAUGGGUUCGAUGUUUGGAUUUCCAACAUUCGAGGAACUCGCUUUAGCCGCCGCCAUCUCCAACUCGAUCCUGAUGAUGAUCCUGAAUUUUGGGAUUGGACAUGGGACGACCUGAUGAUCCACGACGUACCAUCAGUAAUCGAUUUUGUCUUCAAUCAAACCAGUCAGAAAAUUCACUACAUUGGCCACUCAAUGGGAACUUUGAUAGCUUUGGCCUCACUCUCGGAAGGGAAACUGACAGACAAGGUUAAGUCGGCCGCUUUGUUGAGCCCGAUUGCGUAUCUAAGUCAUAUGACCACCGAUCUCGGAAACAUGGCCGCUAAAGCCUUUCUUGGUGAAAUAGCUACUGGGUUUGGUAAAGCAGAAUUCAACCCCAAAGAGGAGCUGGUGGAUGAUUUUAUGAAUGCACUGCGUGUUCUUGUUGGAAUAGAAUGGAAUGACUUGAUGACCGAACUUACGGGAAGUAACUGUUGUCUCAAUUCAUCUACGGCCGACAUUUUUCUCGAUAAUGGACUUCAACCCACAUCGACUAAGAACCUUGUCCAUUUUUCUCAAACGGUUAGAGAUGGAGUCGUGUCCAAGUAUGACUAUGGCAGUGAUGAGUCCAACUCGGAGCAUUAUGGAGAGUCGAGCCCUCCCGAUUACGACCUGUCGAAAAUCCCCCACGACUUUCCCCUCUUCUUGAGCUAUGGAGGAGAAGACGCUUUAUCGGACGAUAAGGACGUGACUACAUUGCUUGAUGCUCUUAAGAAUCAUGACGUGGACAAGCUUCACGUGCAGUACGUCGAGGAUUUUGCUCAUCUCGACUUUAUUAUAGGGAUAACUGCCAAGGACGUUGUUUAUAAUAAGGUUAUCGACUUUUUUAGAAACCAGCAUUAG